CUAGAUGACCCAAAUCAAUGAUUCAAUCACCGUUCGUAACGUUGUACUGAUCCUUUUCUGUUGACGCCGGACUCCACCGGCUUCGAUGCUGACGUCAAAGACUUAAUCUGGCAUUAUUUCCCCCCCAGAAAAGUGUUGCCAUCAUCGGUCUGUGUUUACUUAGGUACUGCUGCUUAUUUCCUUACAAUUUGGUUCUCUUUUAGGGUCUUUUCCCCUCCCCACCCACGUUCCGUCGACUCCAAGUCUUGCACCUGGUGGUUUAUCUCACUUUAAUUGAUUUUGUUCCCUUGCUUCCCUUCCUAUCGCUGGAAGCAAUAUUUGUAUCCUAUCAUCUAUCCUGGUUGAUACCAGAUAUGCUGCGGUAAUCCGGGGUUUAUCGCAGGAAGGUUCUAAACUGGAACCCAGCCCAACAACGGAACAGCAACGAAGCCAUUACACUCGCGAUUACUGAAUUUGAGAGUUCAUACCCUUGACGGGCACUUCUCAAGGGUGUCAAUAAAGGGAGGAAAUCAAUUUAAAAUCACCACACCAUCUCGAAACAGUUCGGGACCGUUCAAUUGACAUCUCUUACCACGAAUUUUACCGGAAGCCCGCGGAGUCGAUUCAACACCGGCAAAUUUACAACACCCAUCUUCAGAACAAGCUGCCCUGCAAAUUGUUUAACAGUUGUGAUCCUUGGGUAGAAACCCCAUAAUUACAGAAAAGAAAAAAGCCACGGAUAGGUGGCAAAGAAGAAAAGAACGACGCCAACAGCAUAAUGUGUCGCCAAUUCUUCACCAUCUAUGAAUGGUGCCAUUGCGAAGAGGAUAACGGUCACGAGCUUUGCGCAGCCCGCAGACGAGACAUGUGUCCGGGAACCUCAAUUGAAACGGUCCAUAUGCAGUGCUUCUGCCAUCAGCAUGCCAGCAGAGGGUUCAAAUCUGAGAAAAAGGCCCAGAAGUCAAACGGCUCUUCGAUUGAUGAGAAGGGCUCGUUCACUCCACGGAGGAAAUGGUAUCAGAUCUGUGGCGGACGGUCACGGACGUACUGAGGUGUCUUGAACUCACCUCCUUUACGGUAUCAUAUGCAGAUCAAUGGCUGGUUUCUUUUGGCUUUGCAUCAUCGAAUUCUCGUGUCUGGGUUAGGGUUGGUUCAAUAUUUUUGUUUUGGGGGCGGGUGUUUUCAUGGAUUCAUUGGGACCGGUGUUUGGUUAGGUUUUUGGCGUUACUUCAGGUGAUGAUUAGGGGUGUUAUGUCCUCUUUC